AUGUUAACGAAAAUAGAGUUAGUCAAGUUCUUGGAUGAAGGUAAUAAUGGAUCAGUCGAUCUCGUCAAAUACAUAAAAAGCCACGGCUCAUCACCGAUUUACGCCGCGGUUAAAACCUCUAAAUGCAAAAACAACGACUAUCUCCAAAGAGAAAUUGAGAUUCUAUCACUAUUCAAAGGAUGUAAAAGAAUAGUACAAUGCUAUGGGAAUUAUGAAUUGGUAGAGGAUUUAGACCGUGACGGGUCGAGAAGCUACAAGAUGGUUAUGGAGUACGCAGCUGCCGGGAAUUUAACCACUUUCAUGGACAAUUACAAAGAUAGAAAAUUGCCUGAAACAAUGAUUAAAGACUUCACUCGUAUGAUUCUACAAGGAUUGGUCUCUAUUCAUAGCCACGGUUAUGUUCAUUGCGAUCUCAAACCCGAUAAUCUCCUUGUCUUCCCGUGUAAACAAUCUUACGAAUUGAAGAUUUCGGAUUUCGGGAGUUCGGAAGUAGUUGGAGAUAUUCCUUUUAGAUGGAAAAUCAGUUCUCCUUAUGUGGGAACGCCUAUUUACAUGUCACCAGAAUCAGUCAAGAAUGGCGUGGCCGAGAAAGCCCUAGAUUUGUGGUCAUUAGGUUGCAUAGUGUUGGAGAUGUAUACCGGUGAAGAACCAUGGCCGGAGGUUUCUUCUGAUGAUUUUGCGUCUUUCUUGUUGAGUGGAAAAACGCCUCAGAUUCCAGAGAGUGUGCCGUGUGAUGCAAGGGAGUUUCUAGAAACGUGUUUCGCAAGAGACCCUAAGGAUAGAGGAAACGCUUCGAAAUUACUAUCACAUCGAUUCUUGAGUGAUGAAGACAUGUAUGGUCCCUGGCGUCUCUUUGCCCCUGGUGAAGUUGAAGAACAAACGAGCUCCAACAUGCAAACAAAACCAGAGUUCGUGAAGUUCUUAGAUAAAGGUUCGAAUGGAUCAGUCCAUCUCGUCAAAUACAUAAAAAGCGACCGCUUACCACCGCUUUUCGCUGCGGUGAAAACCGUCCAAUUCGAAGACUACGACAUUCUCCAAAGGGAAAUUGAUAUUCUCUCACUAUUCAAAGGAUGUAAUAGAAUCGUACAAUGCUAUGGGAAUUAUGAAGUGGAAGAGGAUAUCGACCGCAACGGAUCGAGAAUUUACAAGAUGGUUAUGGAGUAUGCAGGUUGCGGUAGUUUAGCCACUUUCAUGGACAAUUACAAUGAUAGAAAAUUGCCUGAAACGAUGAUUAUAGACUUCACUCGUAUGAUUUUACAAGGAUUGGUCUCUAUUCAUGAUAGCAACGGUUAUGUUCAUUGCGAUAUCAAACCGGCAAAUAUCCUUGUCUUCCCGUGUGGACAGUCUUACGAGUUGAAGAUUGCGGAUUUCGGGUCUUCGACAAUAGUUGGGGACAUUGCUACUACAUGGGAGGAAUUCGAUGGUCCGUAUGCAGGAACAGCUGUUUACAUGUCGCCAGAAUCAGUCAAGAACGGUGUGGCCGAGAAAGCCCUAGAUUUGUGGUCGUUAGGGUGUGUAGUGUUGGAGAUGUUUACCGGUGAAUCACCAUGGUCGGAAGUUGACGAUGACGAUCUUGACGAUGUUUUGUUGGGUGGAAAAGCGAUUGAGAUUCCAGAGAGUGUGCCGUGUUAUGCAAGGGAGUUUCUAAAAAAGUGUUUCUCAAGAAUCCCUGAGGAUAGAGGAAGUGCUUCGAAAUUACUAUCACAUCGGUUCUUGAGUGAAGAAGACAUAUAUGGUCUCCGGCGUCUCUUUUCAGCCGUUGAAAAUGAAGCUAAAACUGAAGUUGAAGAUAAAACGAGAAGGUACGAAGAAAUCUAUAAAGCAAUUGCUGAAGUUGAAGAAUAUUACCUUUCGUUACUUUGUUGA